AUGCCGGAGAUACGGGGCAGGCUGCGGGAGGAGGACUAUACGCCAUACGUGAUCACAUCUCUGCAGGAGAGCGACCGCAUGAACGUCCUUGUCGGGAUGAUCAGAAAUUCUUUAACAGAGCUUGAGCUGGGCAUCAGUGGCGCUCUAAACAUCACCGAAGGGAUGGAAGCUCUUUCGACGUCCCUGCAGCUCAACCGUGUGAAUGACAGCUGGCAGAAGUUGGCCUAUCCCUCCCUGAAGCCGCUGUCUGGCUGGUUUGCAGAUCUACUCAGCCGAAUGGAACAGCUUGUGGAGUGGACCAACGAGAGAUCAGGCCUGCUCAAGUCGAUUUGGAUCUCGGGCCUCUUCAACCCUAUGGCGUUCCUGACAGCGGUCAUGCAGGUAACAGCCAGAAACAAGCAGCUUCCGCUGGACUACAUGACCAACAGAGCAACCAUCCUUAACAUUCUGGACUCCACCGACAUCGUCGGCUUGCCAGUGAACGGUGUCCACAUACACGGGCUCUUCCUGGAGGGCGCCAGUUGGGAGGAAGGCAAGGGCGACGAUGAGGGCUAUAUCUCUGACAGCAAGAUGAAAGAGCUUCAUCCAGAGAUGCCAGUGAUCAACAUCUUCUCAGUUCACAUCAAAGAAAUGAGCUGGGAGAACAUGUACCACUGCCCGGUCUUCAUCACCCCCGAGCGCGGAGCAACAUACGUAACGCAGGUUAAUGUGCGAAUGGAUCCUGAUGAUGACGAAAAGCGCUGGAUUCUUGCCGGGGCCGCACUC